CAUGGCCCAGAAGUUUGUCUGAUCUUGCGUAUAUUCGUUUCUCAAGGGUUGAACGAUCGAAAUGAGAGAUGUACAGAUACAUUUUAGACCAAUAUGGCGCAUUUGGAUGACAUAUAAGCCCGCAACAUUCCUCUUCGAGGGCUACUAGAGAUCCUCCCUCACUCAAUGAGUCAUUGAUCAUUUAUCUCUUCAUCAAAAGCUUCAACUGAAUUCUGUCUACCCACCCUUCACAAUGAGACUUCAAAUAGCGACCAUGAUCAUCGGCUUCUGUGGCGCUGUCCUUGCCAUCCCAGCCAAAAACAACAACCCGCAUAAUGAGCGACGGCUGUUCUCCUGGCCUCCUGAUGAUGGCCUCGAGCCGGAACCGACAACGCCUAUUACCGACUUCCCCUUCACCUACCCAACCCAGGCUCCACGGGAACCGAACAAUGGGAUCCCAUCUACUGUUCCGGGAUUUGGAGGCGACGACGGCGGUUUAGAACCCCCUCUAGUCGAGUUCCCUGACCUGGGGGAAUCUCUUCCUUGGGAUAUAUUCAAUGACAACCAACGUGUUUAGACCUUCUCUAAAGAAAGUCGACCUCGCAAUCAAGCCGUCUUGCUUCCAAAUGCAAAAUGACGACAAAUCACCGGGAAAUGGCGCUGGAAUAUUCUCUGUUGAUCUCGACAAAAGUUGUUAGCCAUGUAUUGGAGAGAAAAUUGGGUCACUACUGCCGAAGAGAGCGGUUUGGAACGCGGUCCUUGAAAUGGAGGUCGAACUCGAGAUUGCUGAAAUUUUACCCUGGAUUUAAACU